CGUUCCUAGCUAGGGUAGUGCCCAAUCUGCGUCCUGCCGUGGAGAGAAGGCACUUCCCGCUUUUACCAUCUCCGUCGUCUAAUCCCCCUUCCUCAACUCCUUCCUCAACCCCAGCGACGAUUGCAGCUGACCUGACGCUCGCAUCCGCCGUUCGGUCUCUCUCUCUCUCUCUCUCAUUUGAUAACCUUUCAUGAGAACGAAAACGAAAACCUAACAUCAGAAUGAAUGAAAUAACGGGAUUUUGUGGAUAUUGUCUAUUUCUGAUUUGGGUUCUGAAAGAUCGAAAACCUACCAUUAACGGUUUGAAUCACUAGUACAAACCCAAAUCCUCUGUAGAUACUCUGGGGGCGCGCGAGCGUUUUACAAAACCUCUUUGCAGUUUUGCACAGUGAGCUAUCAGCAAUAGAAACUUCUUGAAUUCCUACUCCGAAGAAGGAAUUCACCACUUCCCAGCAGCUGCUUCUGGUGUGAAUUCACUUUAGCAAGUUCCAUAGCUUUCUGCUGUCUAAUUUGUAUUUCAAACAAAUGCUAUAUCCUCAUGAAUCCCCUUCCUUUCUUGCGAUUUCAUACGAAACCUGUUUUGUAAAUUGCCACUUGAUGCCAACCUCCCUUAGCCCAAAAUAGGGUGUUGUUUCUAGAAGUGUGGUGUUGCUGCCACGAUGGGCAGCAGGACACCGAUCAAAUGGUUAAAGAACAUCACGCCAUCCCAAGUUGAGCAGCUGAUACGUGCGGAACGGGACAUCCGGAAGGCGGUCCUCAUAUUCGAUUCCGCGACGGCGGAGUAUGGCAAUGGCUUCAGGCAUGACUAUCGCACCUUUGGCCUCAUCAUUUCCAGAUUAGCUGCUGCGAACCAGUUCAGGUCAGUCGAGCAGCUCCUGAAUCGGAUGAAGGAGGAGAAGUGUAGCUUCUCAGAGGACAUCUUCCUCUCUAUCUGCAGAGCCUAUGGUCGGGCCCACAAGCCUCUGGAUGCCCUCAGGAUUUUCCACAAGAUGAAGGAAUUCGAAUGUGAGCCCACCGAAAAAUCAUAUGUCACUGUCUUUGCCGUCCUGGUUAGUGAAAACCAGUUGAUUUUGGCCCACAGAUUUCAUAAUUACAUGAAAGAAAUGGGUAUUCCUCCCUGUGUCGCUUCACUCAAUGUUUUAAUCAAGGCUUUUUGCAAGAGCAGUGAAACCUUGGAUGUUGCCUUUAGGGUCUUCCGACAGAUGCCUGAUAUUGGGUGCAUUCCCGAUUCUUAUACUUAUGGUACUUUGAUAAACGGAUUGUGUAAAUUGGGGAAGAUUAGCAAAGCGAAAGAGCUGUUCAAAGAGAUGGUUGCGAAAGGUUGUACACCGACCGUUGUUACUUACAGUACAUUGAUACAUGGUCUGUGCCAAUCUGACAAUUUGGAUGAAGCCAUGGAUCUGCUCAUGGAGAUGCAGAGCAAUGGCAUUCAGCCCAAUGUGAUCACUUAUAGUUCUUUAAUGGAUGGUCUCUGCAAAGGUGGCCAAUCUUCACGGGCCAUGGAGCUGCUUGAGGAAAUGGUCAGUAAGCGUCAUUUGCCAAACAUGAUUACUUACAGUACAUUAGUGAAUGGGCUUUGCAAAGAAGGAAAGCUUAGUGUGGCAUUGGAAGUUCUGGAUAGGAUGAAGAUUCAGGGAUGCAAGCCGGAUGCAGGGCUGUAUGGUAAGCUGAUAAAUGGGCUGUGUGAUUCUCGUAAAUUCAUGGAAGCUGCAAACUUCCUUGAUGAGAUGACACUUAGUGGAAUAUCUCCGAAUCGUGUCACCCGGAGCGUUCAUGUUAAGAUGCAUAAUCAGGUGGUUCGGGGGAUUUGCAGAGAGAAUUUUCCGGACCGAGCUUUUCAAAUAUAUUUGAGCAUGCGUAGUCGUGGCAUUUCUACCGAUCAAGAAACAUUCAAUUCUCUUGUUGCUUGUUUCUGUAAGAAAGGAGAUGUGCAUAAAGCGGCACGUAUUGUCAACGAGAUGGUAAUUGAGGAAUGUGUUCCUGAUGAGGUCACAUGGAGUACUAUUGUGCGUGGAUUUUGGGAUCGGAGGAAGGUGAGGGACGCUGCGGAGUUGGUGCAGGUUGAGUUGCUGAGAGAAUUUCAUGGCUCCAAUAUAGCAAUAUGAAUUUGGAAGGAUGGUUUGUGCGUGGACACUAAUUCUCACCUCUUGCAUAAGCACCAUGAUUGCUAUGAAAUUCACUUUGAUGGGGUGAAAUGGAUGGUCUAGGUAUGUUCUUGGCAUGGGAUACAUCUCUUUCAAGUGAUACAACAUAAUCAAUUAUCUGCUGGUCUGGUCUUCAGUAUUUUGGAGGAAUCACAAUGAUACCAAGGUUGGGGAUUUUGUUGGCUUUAUGAAUUCAUUGAGCAGGUGGAACCCACUGCUUGAGGGGAGGGAUGCUCGGAAAUGGAACCCCGAGAUAGCGGGGACCUUUCAGUGAAGUCGUUCUAUCAUCUGAUCUCAAUGGGUGUGAGAAUAGAGGAGUGGGCACCGCUGCUUGAGGAGGUGGAUGUGUGGAAAUGGAACCCUGAGAGAUAUCCAUCAUGAUCUUGGUGGGCAUGAGAAUGGAGGAGUGGGCCCUGAAUGCUUAGAUUUGGAACUGCAAGGCCUUCACUGGAUCAUAGCUUAGCUUGUUAGGAAAGAUAAAGUUGUCAUCAUCAACCAUUUGAGCAGUAGGAAGACGAUCAUCACAA